AUAGGUGCUGGCAGACAAUGGAGCAGUUGUGAUUCACACUAGAGGACCCGGCUUAAAAAAAAAAGUUGCAUUCAGCUUAGUUGCAGAACUGAGGAGUUUCCGUAUGAUGCACUCUUAAAUCUGAUGGGAUCAUAGAGCUUUUGCACUCAGCUGGCUGUGAUAUUGGCUUGUAUUUUCCUGAGCACUGUGAACUUACAGGGAUGUUUCCUGACCAGGCCCUCAAGAAUCCAGACUGGAAUAUAUGCUAAUUAUUUAUCAAACUUAUUUUGGAAUGGUCUGAAUAUAACUAUAUUUUUGUUCUGGUGUGUGUUCUUGUGUUACAAGCAUUGGUUAUGUAGAAGAACUCUAGGAAAAUUAGUUGAAAUCAGGAGAAACACCCACAGUAAAUGAAUUUGUAGCCUUUGUGCUACUGUCUCUUUGUAUUAAAGUAGUGCACUGUAGCUAUGCAGGUGCAGUACCAUGAGGAUAAAGAGCUUGCAUACAUUGGUAGCAACAAGAAAAUACAGUGCUGUCUCAUUAGAAAAAGGGAGGGGUAUUGUAUUUGCAUGUUACUAUUUGGUCUUUUAUCUCCUGUAAAAACUGGGAUAUUCUCUUAUUAAAGAUUGUAAAAGGGCUCUACUUGCUGCAACUGGAACUCUUUUAAAAUGCUGAAGUUAAAGGCCUUCUGCUUGGAUUACUGGCAGUUUCUGUGUCUCCAGCCUCUUCAUGGUUUCUAUAAAAGUGUUGAAGGAGAAGCUCCUGGAAGUGAAACUGGCACGUCAUUGGAUAGUCCAUCUAACUAUCAUCAAGGAACUAUAACUCACAGUUCUGCUAUCAGUCCAGACCAUUACGACCAUUCUCCAUACGGGCUCUAUUCUGUCUCUCCUGGACAGCAAAGGCCUCGAAGGCCAAAGCUUCAGCACUCAACAUCCAUACUAAGGAAACAAGCAGAAGAAGAAGCUAUUAAAAGGUCAAGGUCCCUUUCGGAGAGCUAUGAACUCUCAUCUGACUUGCAAGAUAAACAGGUUGAAAUGCUAGAACGGAAAUAUGGAGGCCGUCUCAUAACUAGGCAUGCUGCUCGUACUAUACAGACUGCUUUCCGUCAGUAUCAGAUGAACAAAAACUUUGAGCGGCUUAGAAGUUCUAUGUCUGAAAAUCGUAUGUCAAGACGAAUUGUACUGUCCAAUAUGAGAAUGCAGUUUUCGUUUGAAGGACCUGAGAAAGUCCAUAGUUCCUACUUUGAAGGGAAGCAAGUUUCUGUUACAAAUGACGGAUCAAAAUUAGGAGCCCUUGUCCAAUCUGAAUGUAGUGAUCUUGGUGAAUCAGCUACAAUGAAAUCUCCAGCUGCAUCCACUGAUUUUGCUGAUGCCAUAACAGAACUGGAGGAUGCUUUUUCAAGACAAGUAAAAUCUCUUGCAGAGUCUAUUGAUGAUGCACUAAACUGUCGUAGUCUGCACUCUGAUGAAGUACAGAUAUCUGAUCAAGUCAGAAGUCGGGAAAUAGAAAGGGACAGUUGUGGUCAAACUAAACCUACAAGCCAUACUGUGGAUCAUAGGAAACUGGAUGAAAUGACGGCAUCUUAUAGUGAUGUUACAUUGUAUAUUGAUGAGGAAGAACUAUCCCCUCCACUGCCCCUUUCCCAGUCUGUAGAUAGGCCAUCUAGCACAGAAUCUGACCGAAGGCUUCGGUCAAUCAACCCAUCUCAAGAGUACUGGUCCAUGACACACAAGGAUCAUAAGAUAGACACUGACACAAGCUGCAGGAGUACCCCUUCACUCGAAUCCCAGGAGCAAAGAAUGAGAAUGGAUCAUCUGCCUUUACUGACCAUAGAACCACCAAGUGACAGUUCAGUGGACUUAAGUGAUCGUUCAGAAAGAGGUUCAUUAAAAAGACAGAAUGCAUAUGACCGAGGAAUUACUAGUCAGCAAGGUAGCCCAAAACAUAUCUCACAUGGCAUUCCUACCAAGAUAAUAUCCCGAGAAGACCAGGAGACUAGACAUAGACCAAGGCCUAUUGAUAGCCACUUAGCCAUUAAUGGCACAGCAAACAGGCAAAGCAAAUCUGAGUCUGAUUACUCUGAUGGAGACAAUGACAGCAUCAAUAGCACUUCUAAUUCCAAUGACACAAUAAAUUGCAGCUCAGAAUCUUCUUCUCGAGACAGCCUAAGGGAACAAACCUUGAGUAAGCAAACAUACCACAAAGAGACUCGUAAUAGCUGGGACUCUCCUGCCUUCAGUAAUGACAUCAUCAGGAAACGUCACUAUAGGAUUGGACUGAAUCUUUUUAAUAAAAAACCUGAAAAAGGAAUCCAGUACCUAAUUGAAAGGGGCUUUGUGCCAGAUACACCUGUUGGAGUUGCCCAUUUCCUUCUACAGAGAAAAGGACUGAGCAGACAGAUGAUUGGAGAGUUUCUUGGAAAUCGACAAAAGCAGUUUAACCGGGAUGUACUAGACUGUGUUGUGGAUGAGAUGGACUUCUCAGCUAUGGAACUGGAUGAAGCACUCAGGAAAUUUCAAGCUCAUAUCCGAGUUCAAGGAGAAGCUCAGAAGGUAGAACGACUCAUUGAAGCUUUUAGCCAGAGAUACUGCAUAUGCAAUCCAGGUGUUGUGAGACAGUUCAGAAAUCCUGAUACUAUCUUCAUCCUGGCUUUUGCAAUCAUAUUGUUAAAUACAGAUAUGUAUAGUCCAAAUGUGAAGCCAGAACGCAAAAUGAAACUUGAAGAUUUUGUCAAGAAUCUAAGAGGCGUGGAUGAUGGUGAAGAUAUCCCACGAGAGAUGCUUAUUGGGAUUUAUGAGAGAAUCCGAAAGCGAGAACUCAAAACAAAUGAGGAUCAUGUGUCACAAGUUCAGAAGGUUGAAAAACUCAUAGUAGGAAAAAAACCGAUUGGAUCUCUACAUCAUGGACUUGGUUGUGUUCUGUCUCUUCCACAUCGAAGACUUGUUUGCUACUGUAGACUCUUUGAAGUUCCAGAUCCAAAUAAACCUCAGAAGCUUGGCUUACACCAGCGAGAAAUAUUUUUAUUUAAUGAUCUUCUUGUGGUCACCAAAAUCUUUCAAAAGAAGAAGAAUUCAGUCACGUAUAGUUUUCGGCAGUCGUUUUCCCUCUAUGGAAUGCAAGUGCUCCUUUUUGAGAAUCAGUAUUAUCCAAAUGGCAUUCGGCUCACAUCAGCUGUUCCAGGAGCAGAUAUAAAAGUUCUGAUAAAUUUUAAUGCACCAAAUCCCCAGGACAGAAAAAAAUUUACAGAUGACCUGAGGGAAUCUAUCGCAGAGGUCCAAGAGAUGGAAAAGCACAGAAUAGAGUGUAAGUACAAAGCCGAACUUGAAAAGCAGAAAGGUGUAGUACGGCCAAGCAUGUCUCAGUGCUCAAGCCUGAAAAAAGAAUCCGGCAAUGGGACACUGAACCGAGCCUGCCUUGAUGACAGUUAUGCCACUGGAGAGGGGCUUAAGAGGAGUGCUCUCAGCAGCUCGCUCAGAGAUCUCUCUGAAGCAGGCAAGCGUGGGCGUCGCAGCAGUGCAGGAUCGCUAGACAGCAAUAUGGAAGGGUCCAUCAUUAGCAGUCCUCAUAUGCGCCGAAGAGCUACAUCAACCCGAGAGUGUCCAUCUCGCCCUCACCAGACUAUGCCUAAUUCUUCCUCACUACUAGGGUCCUUAUUUGGUAGUAAAAGGGGAAAGCCUUCCCAAGGCCACCUGGCAUCUGGCCCAUCACAGCAGCCUCAGCACCCCCCCAUAAUUUCGCAUCAGCAGCACUCUCAGCAUCCUCCCGUCAUGCACCACACGGGGCCGGCUGAGGGGCAGACCCAGGCACAAGUGCAUACCCACCAUUCCCAGUACUGCCACAUGCAGAAUCCACCUCCUUACCAUCACCACCACCACUAUCACCCACCCCAACACAUCCAGCAUCCGCAUCAGUACCACCACGUGCCACAUUCCCAGCAUGUAGCUCAUUCCCAGCACUCUUACCUGCCACAUUCCCAUUCACAGCAUUCCCAUGCUCCCCACCCUCCGUUGCCCCCCCCUCAUCCGGCGCAUGCUCCUCAUGCUCCACAUCACCAUGGACAGCCGGUGCCCCCACCCACUUCAGCCAGCACUAAGUCCAAACAUAGUGGCAUCAGCACAAUAGUCUAGAAUGAGAACACCCUGCCAGUAAUUGUAGCUGCAGGCAUAGAUGUAAGGCACUUACAGGAAACAGAGGCAGCCUAUAAAACUGGAUUUUUUUCUUAAAUCCAAGCCAGAAACAAUUUAAUUGGCUCCUUUGCCUUAAGGAUUCAUUAGAACAAUUCAUAUUAGCCUGAUCGAUGCUGGUCUUACAGUUGAACUCAGUGGUGACCUUCUCCCUCCUUUUUCUCCAGUAGCCUUGAAAAUAUGCUGCUUGCUGAAAAUGUUAAGCUACCUUUUUUCAUCCCCAUGACAAUUUUUAAUGCAUAAUGAAAACAUAACCUACUCAAAAUAAAUGGAAAAAUAUGAAAUAGAACCAAGUUUCGCAUUCUUGCUCCUUAAUUGUCAAUGGGCAAAAAAAGUAGACCUCAUAUGGUUGAUGAAAGUACGUAAGUAAACUUUAUAUAAUAUAAAUAUAUAAAUAUAUACAUAUAUAUAUAUAUACUGUAUAGUUAACAUUUAUGCUUAGAACAAAACUUUUGCAGUCCACAAAGCUAGCAAUAUAUCCUUUACCAGGAACUCCACUUACUGAUAGAAGGGCAGUACAAUAGAUGAACAGUGUAUGAAAGUGUAGACCAAAAACUAGAACAAAUUCCAGGCAUGUCAGUGUUCUCCUUAAAGUUCUCUGAACUUGGGGAGGAAAAAUCUCUAAGCAAUCAUUGCAAAAUGUGCCAAGUAACAUAGCAUUUAGCUGUUGUAGUCAAAUAUUGCUUUGUACAAAUCCUUAUUUUAUUAACAUGAUACUAUACUUAAUCAGUAUUAUAACUGCUCUGCUAUUUCAGGUAAGCAAACUAGUUAAGAUGCAGUAACUAUACAGUAGCAACAUGAGACAACCUUUAUUAUAGGUUAUCUCUGCAUUUUGGUUACUUCAAUUCUUAGACACUUUAAAAGGCUGUGAUAACUGUGAAAUUAAACAAUCCACAUUUCUUUUAUAUCCAUAUGUUCUAAUAAACACACACGAACAUUUAAAUGGAAGGUACUUGCAUACACUACAUAAACAUUCAUCUCAGACCUUAAAAUAAGAAACAUUCAUCCUUUCAGCCACAUUGCCUCUUUACCAUAAGUUUGUCAGUUUAUCUCAAUUAAAAUAGACUGCAGUUCAGACUUUUUUCCCCUGUGAAAGCAAUCUGAAACCUGAAGGCUUAUUUUAGUAUCGAGCAUAGAUUUUUUAUAACUGUAAUUCCAUGUAGCCAUGUGCUGGCAGCAGGAUUUUCUUGCCAUUUUUCUCAUCACAUUUGUUAGUUUACCCAGCACUCAGCGGGCUGAGUCUAUGCUAAACUGUCAUAGUCCAGUUAGUCGCAAGACAUCUCGUAAAAUCCAACCGUGCUGUUGUUGCUUAUGUGUUGUAAUGAGUCAUUUGCAAAUCCAUAUGAGAUUUUGUAUCCCUAAAUCUUAUCUUUUUUUAAAAAAAGAAGAAAAAUCAUACAUGGAGCAUACUUUGUAGUUUCAGCAUUUUGAACCACCUCAAUCACAAGGACUGUACAUCUAACUGGCAGAAAUGAAUCAAAAGGAACCACAGAACUGCACCAACAGAAUUGUGAAUGUGAUCUAAAAGAAGAGAAAGAAAAAGUUCCAGUGAGAGAUGGGUAAAAAUAGAAAAAAAUGAUUGUUGCUUCUGAAUGUACAAGAGAUAAAAGAAGUUGUUUUUUCCUAAUGUCUCCAAUCCAGGUUCUUUUUUUUUCUCCCUCUCCUUCAUGCUAGGUAUCAUACUAUGAUUACCAGCAAAACUAAAAACUGACUACUUUUAUUAACUUUCACUAAACAAACACCACCACCUAGAAUUUAGUCAGUUGUUUAAAGUUGUCUAUUAUUUCUUAUGGGUGCAAUACCAAUACCUUUCUUCUGUUUUGUUUUUUCUUAUAAAUACCUUCAUAUGAAAUGAAAGUAAUAAAGUACAUUUGAUGGUCAUCCAGGCUGUCUGAAAUAGUGCAGAUUACCUAAGAGGGCUCAUCUCAGCCUCCUGAGGCGCUGUUCCUUGCAGUUGAAUAUUUUUGUUCUUAUAAGGAAUAAUAGAACUGUCUGCAUGUCAUCUAAUGUUAAUAGUGUUGAGACUACACUUUACAUAGUGUAUAUUUGAAAAAAAAUAUAUCAGUGUUACUGUUGAUAUUAGUUGAAGUAAAGUGAUAACAUAUUUAAAUAUGUAGGCUUUUCUUCAGACCUUUGUACCAAUAGUAGAGUCUAAUUUAUAAGUUGUUCCAGAAAAGAUAAGAUAGAGAUGGUGGGCAUUUUUUCCUUUAUUUUGCACAUUGUGUGUUCUGUAUAAACCAAGCUCAGAAAAUAUGCUUUGGACAGUCACAUUGUUUCAGUAUCUGCCAUUUCUAAAAAUAUUUUAAAUCUGUUUUGCCCAUGAAUUUUUACUGGCUAUUUGGAUAUCUUAGGGAACUCGUGAAAGGAUUUAAACUUUUAGGUUUAUAAACAUUUAGCAAGGCAUGCUGAAUCUUAUCAGAUGCAUAUGAAACAUAUAAGUACAGUGAAUGCAUUGGGAUCAUAUGUAUGUUUCAAUAAAUACUGGAAAAACUCAUUCUUCCUCUAAGUACGUUCCAUAAAUAUGUACUGUUACAUGCAUUAGAUUUCUAGACUUCACUGCUCUUUAGUGGAGCUCUCUGUGGUGCCAGAAUACCUUUUAAACCAAAGAACUCAGUCUGUUUCUCCUAGACUGGAAAAAGUACAGUAAACAUUUUUAGCUUCUAUGUGCUGUUAGAGGGGAAAAAAGGCAUACCUUAAAGGAAAGGGUUAUUGGAAAACUUUUAUUAGAUUAUCCUUUUUGAUUAAAAAGCAAAACAACACACUAUGGAACCAUAUGUCUUCCUUCCCACAAGGAAGAAUAUGGCUAGGCAAAAGCAACAAUCUACAGAACUUAUAGGAAAGAGUAAAACCUUGUGAAAAUAUCUUUUCUGGGACAACAGUUAAAUAUGUAUUUGUUUUAAUCCUUUUAAGUUAAGAAUGAAUUGUACAACAAUGUAAAAACACACACAAAGUAAUCCUAAUAUAAUGUACAUGUCUUGUAUUGCUAAAAAGAAGUCUUCAGGCAUAACAUUGUAGAAUGAUUUUCCCAUCCAGCACUGCAUGCAGCAGAAGCCUCUUGUUUCUUGAUUUUAAAAUGAGCUGAAAGACAGUCAGCAGCUAUUUAAACAAUGACUCUCUACAUGUUGACUUGCUGUUCCAUAUAAAGCUGUGCGUUUUUGCAAUUAAGCAUGUAUUUUGCCAUUUCCGUUGUAAAAUACCAUCACAUCUUGCCUGCAAAAAGAGUAACUGUGUAUAUAGUUAAAAGGCAAAAGAAUGACCAAUAAUAAAAUAAAGUUCUGAGGGAGGGAAAGGGUAGUGGAAACCGGACCAAGUAGCGGAAUAGCUAAUUCUCUAAAUUGUAUAUAGUGUGUAAAUUAGUAUUAAUAUAAGUCUGCAGUCACUUUCAGGUUGCAUACAGUACCUGUCUCCUGCUAGGAACUUUAAUCCCAGCUCUGAGUUGUAUUAAACUAUUAGAAUUAGGUCUUGAAUGCAUUCUGUUAAAAGACUUAAAGAAACAUCAUGCCCUUGAGAAGCUUCUGUUAUGGGAGGCUCAAGACCCAUUUUGUAACUGUUCAGAAGGAAGGAGUGCUUUCAUUUUAAUAUGCAUUGUUUGUAAGUAGUAUCAGACCUUAUCGUUGUAAAACUAUAACUGUGAUUAUGUGGGAUAUCAAAUAAAUCACUUUGAACUCA